UUAACAAGGAAAUAACACAAAAAUUUGGCCUACCAUUUCUGUUUACAUCAUCAAGAAGCAUAAAUCUUCUCGAUUCACAACAAAACAGCUCCCCAAAUUUCUCGGAGCUGUUGGAUUUUUAUUUAUUAUUAACCAAUUUCGACCCAUAAAUUGAAAGAAAACAGUUCAAAAGAAAGACGGAAAAAAAUGCGUUUCUGUCUUUAAUUGAAGAGAAUUUUCUGAUAUAUUUGAUUCUGGAAGACUUUAAUUCUUUAUAUUUUUUAGGUUCGUCUACAUUUGGAGAUUCUCAGUAUUGUGUCCAUUAUUGGUGCUGUAAAGUAUCUAUCAAAUUUAAUGGAACCACUAUCAGAUGUGUAUACAAGUGAAAAUGUGGAUCCCCAUAGCUUAAAUGAAAUUCGCAAUGGCGAUAUUUCUGAGAGAAUAGAAACUUUUGAAGGGAGUAACCUCUUUGAAGCCUUCCAAACAAUGCAUGGACAGUUUGGAGAUCUCCCAGCUUCUAAGAUUUCAGAACUAAUGAAAUUGGACAGUUUCGAGAAUGCCUCUACUAGGUCACUUUUCAGCAUUCUGAGUAGGAUUCUAGACGAAAGAGUUGAAAAAAAGAAAGAGGAUAUCUCUCAGCAUGUGGCAUCUGUAUUGAAAUUAGUUGUGCAAGAAAUUGAGCAACGGGUUUCGGGGCUACUCAUAAGUAUAAGGAAGCAAAGCAGUCUAUACAAAUCUCGUGAAGACAGAUAUCAAUCUAAAAUUAGAGCACUCGAAACCCUUGCAACUGGAACCACUGUCGAAAAUGAGGUUGUCAAGAACCAGCUGCAACAGACUAAGUUUGAGAAGGCGAAACUUGAGGAGGCAAAGAAAUGUGACGAACAAAAUUUAAACAGGUUGAGGAAAGAAAAGGACGAAUGUGAGAAUCACAUUCAAUCAUUGAAGCAAGAACUGGAAUUAACCAGAAGGACCCAUGAAGAGAUCCGCUUGCAAUUGGAAGUCAAGACUGAGGGAACUAAAAAUCGGCUAGAGAAGAAAAUUAUGGAACUUGAGUGCCUCCUAAAUGAUUCAAGAGAAAAUGUGAAAGAACUCGAGAACUUCUCAGAAUCAAAAUUCUUGCGAUGGAAAAAAAAGGAACAAAUAUACAAGCAAUUUAUAGAAUCUCAUUUCAGAUCUCUACAGGAAUUGAGGUUGGCAUCUGGGUCCAUAAAGCAAGAGGUUUUGAGGACCAAUAGUAUAUUUGCUGAAGAACUUUAUCAUUUUGGGAUCAAUCUCAAGGGAUUUGUAGACUCAGUUCAGGAUUAUCAUUCCGUGCUUGAAGAAAAUAGGAAGUUGUAUAAUGAAGUUCAAGAUUUGAAAGGAAAUAUUAGAGUUUAUUGUCGUAUACGGCCAUUCCUUCCUCAACAAAGUGCAAAGCAAACAACCAUACAGUAUAUUGGUGAUAAUGGAGAAUUGGUUGUUACAAAUCCCUCAAAACAUGGAAAAGACAAUCAUCGGCUUUUCAAAUUCAACAAGAUCUUUGGUCCCACAGCUACUCAAGAGGAGGUAUUUCAAGACACUCAACCAUUAAUCAGGUCCGUCCUUGAUGGAUAUAAUGUCUGCAUCUUUGCUUAUGGUCAGACUGGCUCUGGAAAAAGUUACACUAUGACUGGGCCAAAUGUAACAUCUGUGGCUGAUUGGGGUGUCAACUAUAGAGCUUUGAAUGAUCUCUUCAACAUCUCUCAGCACAGAAGAGGCUCCAUUUUGUAUGAAGUUGGCGUUCAAAUGGUUGAAAUAUACAACGAACAAGUACGCGACUUACUCUGCAACGACAGUUCUCAGAAGAGUCUUGGGAUAUGGAAUACUGCCCAGCCAAAUGGGUUGGCUGUCCCCGAUGCUAGAAUGCACCCUGUUAAUUCAACUGCAGACGUGUUAGAGUUAAUGAAUAUAGGAUUGAUGAACAGGGCUGUUGGCGCUACUGCCCUAAAUGAAAGAAGCAGCCGGUCCCACAGUAUCCUCACUGUUCAUGUUCGUGGGACGGAUUUGGAGACCAAUGCUGUUUUGCGUGGUUGUCUACAUUUGGUAGAUCUUGCUGGCAGUGAAAGAGUAGACCGUUCUGAAGCAACAGGGGAUAGAUUGCGAGAAGCGCAGCAUAUAAACAAGUCUCUAUCUGCUCUUGGAGAUGUGAUCUUUGCUCUGGCACAAAAAAGUUCCCAUGUGCCUUACAGAAACAGCAAAUUAACUCAAGUUCUUCAAAGCUCUCUAUGUGGCCAAGCCAAGACUCUUAUGUUUGUACAACUCAAUCCUGAUUUGGAAUCUUACUUAGAAACCAUAAGUACCCUGAAGUUUGCCGAGAGGGUUUCAGGUGUUGAGUUGGGUGCUGCACGAAGCAAUAAGGAGGGUAGGGGUUUGAGAGAACUUAUGGAACAGGUAGCUUUUCUAAAGGAUGCCAUGGCAAAGAAGGACGAGGAAAUAGGACAGUUACGGCUCCUAAAAGCUAACGGAAGUGGUGAUCGGCGUGGUAUGGCAACGCCAAGAUACGGAUCUGCCUCUCCUAGAAGGCAUUCUCUUGGGGGUGCACGGGCAAGCCAAAAACUUUCAAGAGGGAAAAGUUCUGUCGAGAAAGCUACUUCAGACAAUAGCUCGGAGUACAGUGAUAAGCAUUCUGAAGCUGGUUCUCAGCAAUCAGUGGACGAACUUAGGCACCACAAAGAAUUCUUCCAACAAUCAAGACUUGCCGUGGUUGGUGACGGCCAAAAUUUUACCAAUGACAUUGGUUCAAUGAAUGAUAUAGCCGAAGGGAUUAAGGAUCCUGAUGAGGAUGUGGAGCUCUUGGGAUUUGGAGAUGCAGACUCAGAAGAGAGACUAAGUGAUAUAUCUGACAGCGUUCUUUCGAUGGGAACAGAAACGGACUCGAUCAAUAGUAUUGUGGAGUACACUCUUUUCCCUGAAACUUCAAAACCACUCGCGCAGAGCAUUGAGAGGCCCCAUGUGCCCACUAAACUACCAAGACCGCCCCGGAACCAGAUUCAAUCAGGAUCCUCUCGGUUGUCAUUGAGCCAGAGCUCAUCGAAAAUUCCAAGUUCUAAAAAAACUGUGGUUACCAGCUCAUCUGCAGUUAAGGGCUCCAAACGAUGGGUGUAAGUCACAAAUCACGACAAAGAAAUCGUAGAACCUGGCGACUAUAGCAUGUGUAAAUUAGAAUGCUGGUAACUUAUCUUGCCUAACCGCAUUUCUUUAGGCAUAAAUAUUGGUGUAUGGGUAGAGAUUUGUUAGAGACUUCAUUCUUAGAAUCUAAUUUUAGGUUGUAGCGUGAUUCAAAGGCGUCCAAUUUGCAUUCGUGUAAAUUUGCGUGACGCACGAUGACUCUAUAAACCUCUUUAACUUCCUCAAUCAGCUAGUUUAUUUGUAGCAGAA